AAUUCAAGUCUCUCUCUCUGUUUCUCUUACUAUCUUUCUCUAUACAUAUGAUGGAAAUGUGUAGUUUUAAGAGCCUUGCAUUGGCCAUUCUUAUUGCGUUGUUUGUUUGGUCCUCAAGCUUUGAAACACUAUGCAGUGGUAGAGAAAUGAAGGUCAGAUAUACACCAGACUCUAUGUAUAAUUCUUACCAGCCAUACGAAAGUGUGAUGACAACCGCCAGUUUUAACGUUCUAAACUUUGGUGCUAAAGGUGAUGGUCAAACUGAUGACACAAAGGCAUUCGGAGAGGCUUGGGAAGCGGCUUGUAAAGUUGAAGCUUCAAUAAUGGUGGUUCCAAAUGGUGUAUUCCUUGUUGGACCCAUUACCUUCGGGCCUGAUUGUCAACCAAAUAUUGUAUUUCAGUUGGAUGGGAAGAUUAUAGCUCCAACAAGCUCUAAUGCUUGGGGUUCAGGCCUCUUACAGUGGCUAGAAUUCAAGAACCUUAAAGGCAUUACAGUAAAAGGUGCAGGUAUCAUCGACGGACAAGGCUCAGUCUGGUGGAAUGACUUGGCCAAAUACCUUCCAACGGAUGCUUCAAUGAGCUAUGAAGAUUCAAAGAUGCCCAGCACCAAGCCAACGGUACUUAGAUUUUAUGGAAGUGAAGGCGUUACAGUCACGGGCAUAACUAUUCAAAACAGCCCUCAAACCCACCUCAAAUUUGAUACCUGCAAAACUGUUCAGGUUUCCAGUUUCACAACUUCAUCUCCAGGCGACAGCCCCAACACUGAUGGAAUCCACGUUCAAAACUCCCAAGAUGUGCUAAUUUAUAGCAGCAAUCUUGCUUGUGGAGAUGAUUGUGUAUCUAUACAAGCUGGAUGUUCAAAUAUAUACAUUCACGACGUGAAAUGUGGACCUGGACAUGGAAUUAGCAUCGGAGGGCUAGGAAAGGACGGCUCCAAAGCUUGUGUUUCAAACAUUACUGUUCGAAAUGUCGCAAUGCAGAAUACAUUAACUGGUGUCAGAAUCAAGACAUGGCAGGGAGGCUCAGGUUCUGUACAACAAGUAAUGUUCUCAAACAUUCAAGUCUCUGACGUCAAAACUCCAAUCAUGAUUGAUCAAUUUUACUGUGACAAGGGCAAAUGCCAGAAUAAAAGUUCUGCAGUGUCUAUAUCAGAUAUAAACUAUGUAAAUAUCCAAGGAACCUAUACACAAACGCCUGUGUACUUUGCUUGCAGUGACAGUUUGCCAUGCACUGGUGUAUCUCUAACCACCAUAGCACUAAAACCAUCUGAGGGAUACCAACAACCAUUCUGCUGGGAAGCAUAUGGAGAGCUGAAAACAAGCACUGAACCUCCAAUCAGCUGUUUGAAGACUGGAGCACCAUCAAAAUCCAAUGUUCCUUACAGUAGAGACUCUUGCUAGAAUCAGCCUAGCUUUACUAUUCGUAGUAGCGUAUGUUUGUGUCAAAUAUGUGUAACUGGCAGAUCAUAGCAGUGCACAGGAACUUUUGUUAGGGAUUCAGCAGUUCCUAUAGCAGCAAGCAGUUCAACAAUAUUGUAAUAUUUUGAAUGCAUAAUACAGAUUACAGAAGGUUUCGUA